GGCCUCCAGGUUUCCGCUUCCGCUCUUCCCCCGUCCAGUCCACCCUGGCGGGGUCGCGGGGUCGGGAUGGCGGCUGGAGGCGAUUAUGGUUCCCCCGACAGCUACCGCUCACCUCUUGCCUCCCGCUAUGCCAGCCCAGAGAUGUGCUUCGUGUUUAGCGACAGGUAUAAAUUCCAGACAUGGCGGCAGCUGUGGCUGUGGCUGGCGGAGGCCGAGCAGACAUUGGGUUUGCCUAUCACUGAUGAACAAAUCCAGGAGAUGAAAUCAAACCUGGACAACAUCGACUUCAAGAUGGCAGCUGAGGAAGAGAAACGAUUACGACAUGAUGUGAUGGCUCACGUGCACACAUUUGGCCACUGCUGUCCAAAAGCUGCAGGCAUUAUUCACCUUGGUGCCACUUCUUGCUAUGUUGGAGACAAUACUGACUUGAUUAUUCUUAGAAAUGCACUUGACCUGCUUUUGCCAAAGCUUGCCAGAGUGAUCUCUCGGCUUGCCGACUUUGCUAAGGAACGAGCCAGUCUACCCACAUUAGGUUUCACACAUUUCCAGCCUGCACAGCUGACCACAGUUGGGAAACGUUGCUGUCUUUGGAUUCAGGAUCUUUGCAUGGAUCUCCAGAACUUGAAGCGUGUCCGAGAUGACCUGCGCUUCCGGGGAGUAAAGGGCACCACUGGGACUCAGGCCAGUUUCCUGCAGCUCUUUGAGGGAGAUGACCAUAAGGUAGAGCAGCUUGACAAGAUGGUGACAGAAAAGGCAGGAUUUAAGAGAGCUUUCAUCAUCACAGGGCAGACAUAUACACGAAAAGUGGAUAUUGAAGUACUGUCUGUGCUGGCUAGCUUGGGGGCAUCGGUGCACAAGAUUUGCACCGACAUACGCCUCCUGGCAAACCUCAAGGAGAUGGAGGAACCCUUUGAAAAACAGCAGAUUGGCUCAAGUGCGAUGCCAUAUAAGCGGAAUCCCAUGCGUUCAGAACGUUGCUGCAGUCUUGCCCGCCACCUGAUGACCCUUGUCAUGGACCCUCUACAGACAGCAUCUGUCCAGUGGUUUGAACGCACACUGGAUGAUAGUGCCAACCGACGAAUCUGUUUGGCCGAGGCAUUUCUUACCGCAGAUACUAUAUUGAAUACUCUGCAGAACAUUUCUGAAGGAUUGGUCGUGUACCCCAAAGUAAUUGAACGGCGCAUUCGGCAAGAGCUGCCUUUCAUGGCCACAGAGAACAUCAUCAUGGCCAUGGUCAAAGCUGGAGGUAGCCGCCAGGAUUGCCAUGAGAAAAUCAGAGUGCUUUCUCAGCAGGCAGCUUCUGUGGUUAAGCAGGAAGGGGGUGACAAUGACCUCAUAGAGCGUAUCCAGGCUGAUGCCUACUUCAGUCCCAUUCACUCCCAAUUGGAUCGUUUACUGGAUCCUUCUUCUUUCACUGGUCGUGCCUGCCAGCAGGUGCAGAGAUUCUUAGAAGAGGAGGUGUAUCCCCUGUUAAAACCAUAUGAAAGUGUGAUGAAGGUGAAAGCAGAAUUAUGUCUGUAGAGUUGGAAGAGAAUUAAACGAAAAUCAUUGUUAAUUGCUGAGGCAUGAAAAUUGUGUUACUGUAAUGCCUUAUUUUACCUCGAGAAUUGUUACCUUAAAUUAAUACAGCACUUUCUUCUUCCCAUGGUGCUUUCCCGUUUCUCAAAGUCUCACAUUUCUCAACAAUGCAAAAACAAAGAGCGUUGAAGUUUACUCUGCUCUUGCAUAAUAAAUGUAGUUCAUACUUGA